AUGGAUUAUUUCGACGAUCUGGAACCAGAGGCUAUGGACGCAUUCUGCGAACUAAAUGACGAAAUCGCGCCGCUUGAUACGACACCCGCACCAACAUUGUCCUCCGACAUGAAGGACCUUCUUCGAUCCACCAAACAUAGUCAGACGUCAACGACUAAGGUGAAACGCAAAUCCUGUAGCAUGGACUAUCUUUUCAAGAUCAGCAGUCCUGUUACUCCUGCAAUACUCGCUUGUGCUGCCAUCCUUCCCUCACAACCCAGAAUGGUCCAUGGAGAGUGUGAAAACGGCGUCGCGCAAUUCUGCCAAGUCAACGAGCUUGAUGUCCCCAAGAUCAAGGACUGGCUUGCCAAGACAUAUCCCACUCUUUCGCCAGUCUUUGCUCCCAUAAAUAAGGCAUGCAAGGCUCUGUCGCCAAUUUCCGCGUACCCAACUCUUGGAUUGGAUACAUCACUACCCCAUCGUCGGCCUCAAAGCACCGUGUGCUCCGGCUUCUUUCCAACCCAGAACCAGUACCCUGUGUGGUACUUCUUCUACGGUACCUUAGCAAAUUCUUCGUUUCUGGCCGAGUUGUUUUGCUCGCCGCCUGGAACCAUACCAGUGCUGGUUCCUGCUCUGAUACGCGGAGGAAAACUCCGGACUUGGGGCGGGAAAUAUCAUGCUUUGGUCAACAGUCCAGGAUCGCAAGUAGGUGGAUGGGCCUACGAAGUUCUGUCACAAGAGCAGGAAGACAUCCUGUGCAUGUACGAGACGGCAAAGUACGAAGUGGUAAGGGUAGACAUCACAUUGAACGAAAGCCUGGGCAGGAGGUGUGUCGUUCAAGGCUGCACGUUCCGGUUUGCAGCGGAGGAACAUGAGCUAGACUACAUAUAA